AAGUUGUAAUCAAACAAAUCAUGUUCCCAGAACCCCUUCUUCCCUCUCUUUAGCGCAUCAAAGCUCAAUAGAUAGCACCCUUACCUUCUCAUGACUCUUCCCUCGAAAUUUUCUGUCGCGUUUCAAUUUCCAACCUAUCGUAUACUCGCACAUUGCAACACUAACUAAACAUUAACAGUGACAAAUCACUCAGCAUUCAAAGACUUAAAAAAACACAUUUUUUUCCUGCUAUGUUCAACGCCAUCUCCCAAUGUCUCAACUCAACCACUGCCUCUCUGUUGCAGGGGCGACAAGCCCAUGCUAAUAUCCUCAAACUCGGUCUCUUUUCCGAUACCCAUCUCGCCAAAAAGCUCCUCUCUCUCUAUGCCGACAACAACCUCCACUCCUCCGAACUCAACCUCUUACUUUCUUCUCUCCCUCACCCCACAUUGUUCUCUUUCUCUUCCCUCAUCCACGCUUUCGCAAGGUCCUUUCACUUCAACCAUGUUCUCGGUGCUUUCUCUCAAAUGGGCUCUCGUGGUCUUGUCCCUGAUGGGUACCUUCUCCCCACUGCCAUCAAAGCUUGUGCUGGGUUACACGCUCUAAAACAAGGGAAGCAGGUCCAUGGAUUUGUUUCUGUUUCUGGCUUUGCGUCUGAUUCCGUUGUCAUGUCUUCCUUGGUGCAUAUGUACUUGAAAUGUGACCAAAUGGUUGAUGCCCAUAAACUGUUUGAUAGCAUGCCUGAGAGGGAUGUGGUUGUUUGGAGUGCUAUGAUUGCUUGUUACUCGCGAAAUGGGCUUGUUGACAGGGCCAAAGAGCUCUUUUUUGAGAUGAGGAAUGAGGGUGUGGAACCCAAUUUGGUGUCUUGGAAUGGGAUGAUCACGGGGUUUAAUAAUACCGGGUCGUAUCUUAAGGCACUGAUGAUGUUUCAAGUGAUGUUGUCUGAAGGGUUUUUGCCUGAUGGAUCUGCUGUUUCUUGUGUUCUUCCUGCUGUGGGGCACUUGGAUGAUUUUGUGAUGGGUGGUCAGGUUCAUGGGUAUGUAAUCAAGCAGGGUUUGGAAUCAGACAAGUUUGUGGUCAGUGCACUUAUUGACAUGUAUGGGAAAUGUGGCUGUACGUUGGAGAUGUCUAGGGUGUUUGAUGAAGUGGAUGAAAUGAAUAUUGGUUCUUUAAAUGCUUUUCUUACUGGUUUGUCGCGGAAUGGUAUGGUUGACACCGCGUUGGACGUGUUCAAGAAGUUCAAGGAGCAAGAAAUGGAAUUGAAUGUUGUGACAUGGACGUCAAUAAUAGCCAGCUGUUCCCAGAAUGGGAAGGAUUUAGAAGCUUUGGAGCUUUUCAGAGAUAUGCAGGCUGAUGGGGUGGAGCCUAAUGCUGUAACAAUUCCGAGCUUGAUUCCUGCUUGUGGAAAUAUUUCAGCAUUAACUCAUGGAAAGGAAAUCCAUUGUUUUUCUCUUAGAAAGGGAAUUUUUGAUGAUGUAUAUGUAGGUAGUGCAUUAAUAGAUAUGUAUGCCAAGUGUGGAAGAAUCAAGUUAUCUCGGCAUUGUUUUGAUAAAAUGUCAGCCCCAAAUUUGGUUUCUUGGAAUGCAGUUAUGCGUGGAUAUGCAAUGCAUGGAAAGGCAAAAGAAACAAUUGAGAUGUUUCAUAUGAUGCAGCUAAGUGGCCAGAAACCUGACUUGAUUACAUUUACAUGUUUGUUAUCUGCAUGCGCCCAAAAUGGCUUAACUGAAGAAGGGUGGCGUUAUUAUAAUAGUAUGUCUGAAGAACACGGCAUUGAACCUAAAAUGGAACAUUAUGCUUGCAUGGUGACACUUCUCAGCCGCGUUGGAAAACUUGAAGAAGCUUAUUCUAUCAUCAAGGAAAUGCCAUUUGAACCUGAUGCUUGUGUAUGGGGAACCUUGCUGAGUUCUUGCAGAGUUCACCAUAAUUUGAGUUUAGGUGAGAUUGCUGCAGAGAAACUUUUCCAGUUAGAACCAGACAACCCUGGGAACUACAUUCUUAUGUCCAAUAUAUAUGCUUCAAAGGGCAUGUGGGAUGAGGAAAAUAGAAUACGUGAUCUGAUGAAGAGUAAGGGAUUAAGGAAAAACCCUGGCUAUAGUUGGAUUGAAGUUGGGCACAAAGUACACACGCUUCUUGCUGGUGACCAAUCACAUCCACAAAUGAAAGAGAUUUUGGAGAAGUUGGAUAAAUUGAAUAUGGAGAUGAAGAAGUCCGGUUACCUCCCGAAGACUAACUUUGUGCUGCAAGAUGUGGAGGAACAGGAUAAGGAGCAGAUAUUGUGUGGGCACAGUGAGAAGUUGGCAGUAGUAUUAGGACUACUCAACACAAGUCCAGGACAACCUCUUCAAGUGAUUAAGAACCUGAGAAUCUGUGAUGAUUGCCAUGCUGUGAUAAAAGUUAUUAGUAGAUUGGAAGGAAGAGAAAUCUUUGUAAGAGACACAAAUCGUUUUCACCAUUUCAAAGAUGGUGUUUGCUCUUGUGGAGAUUUUUGGUAAAUUGCUCAUGGUUGUCUGGAUUUAUCUUCAAUAGGAGUCAAUUCUCUGCCAUGGGUCCUUCCAGUAGAUCACAAAACAGACAAUUCAUUAACCAAGAUUAUUUGCAUUGACAAUAAUUUGAUGCCAUGGAGUUAAUCAUCUUGAGAACAAAGAUAUGUGCGCUUCAUCUUUUGGUGACUGGCAACUAAAUAGUUCUCAGUGGCCACAGUGGCUUUCAGUUUGGUAAACUUUUCUCUUCAUUCCCCUUUGUUCACAAAAUGAAGAUUUAUAGCAGCUUGAUGGAGGGAAGACAACUUUUAUAGUUCAAGGUGUUGAUUAUUAUUUGAAGCCUUUUAAUGGUUGAGACUAGAGAGUAAGCUUGGGUAUAUGUGAAGCUGUUGACAUUUUAAUUUCGAUGGUUCUCUUCCUUUGCAUGGACCAUCCUCUGCCUUUUCAAGGCUUGAUAUGCUUUUUUCUGCAUGAUUGAAGAACCAGGUGAUGGGCAAGAAUUCCAAGAAAACUGUAUAUGCAAUUGCCAAACAACCUAUUUUCCGGCUCUUUGCAGCAAGUAUUUAUACAAGAUGUUUUUCUGAGAAGUGUAGAUUUUCCUUUACAAGGAUCAUGUUACUGGUAGAUAACAGAUUUAACAUCAAUUAGUCAAUUCAAAGACGUGUUAAUUUGAGAUGAAGAGCAUGUGUUUUUUCUUUUACAUUGCUUUUGUCAAAUGGAAGUAAUUUUUUUUUGUCAUAAUAAAUGUCGCUUCUUAACUGUGACUUUAUGUGGGUAUCAAGGCAUCGUUUAAGGAUGUCUUAUGAAUUUCAGAAACGUGAUUGUUUUGCUUCUGCUGAAUUAUAUUGUGGAAUUAGGUAUUUUCCAAUUGUAGUCAUUCAUUGACAAUUUCUAGAUAUAUUGUUCAUUUGUUGGUG